UGAAAUAAUCAUGUUUAUUGUGGAAAUUUUCUUCCACAAUUGGUUGAAAUUAUCUUCAGAGUGAAAUUGGAGGCUUAUUGGUGUAUUUUCGCAAGAACUGUCAACAACUGCUUCUUUGAAAGAGGUUUACAAAUCAAUAUUUGAAUAAAGUGAUUAAAUAAAUAGAUAAAUAUCUAAAUAUUGGAGUAUUAAUUGAUGAUGUUAUUUCUACCAUCAUUUCAACAACUAUUCAUAUUUUUAUGGCUAAUAAUUCACCAAUUAUUCUCAACAAAUGCUGUUCCAUCUCCUGAAACUGUAGGAGGAUUACUCGGAAAACCAUGUCACGGCAGCUUUGAUUGCGAAAUCGACCAAUGGUGCUACGACAACCAAUGCGACCUGCCCUGUCCCAGAUUGCACUGUGCCGAGAUCAAGCCACCAGAUGGCGUUUGUGUCGUCAGAGACCACCAACCAGUCUGCAAAAGCCCAGCUGAGCUGGAGUUCGAGCAACAAGUACGAGAAAGUGGAGGCUGCGUUAAUAGUGAUGAUUGCGGGGAAAAUGAAUGGUGCAUGUAUGCAGUUUGUGAAGACGCAUGCGCAAAGCUCAACUGUGCAGCUGAACAAGACGAUUUUGACUGUAGAGUCCAAAAUCAUCAUCCCAAGUGCUAUUCGAAAGUGAUUGAGGCUGGAGAAAUUCCAGACGUAUUAGUCACACAAGGAGGAUACUGCAAGAGUAGUUUCCAAUGUGAGAGCCACUUGAACUGCCUGAAAAACAAGUGCGAAGACCCAUGUGAAUCACUGGGUUGCUCCAUAUUCAAACUGGAUGAGCCACCAGAAGACUUCACGGAGAUACAGAAACUCUGGUUUCAGAGUCUCUGGUAUAUCUAUUCCAGCAAGUACCUGUUUCCAUGA